AAUCUGGUCAAUGACCAAUGAAAGAGUUUCACUUAUUGGAAGAAAACGAACGUCAUCGUCAAUGGCCGCGAUAACAAGAUAACAAGAAAAUAAAUUCAAUUAAUUACCUAGGUAGACCUAAGGUUAGGUUAGUAGGUACUUAGGUGAUUUUCGAAACUUAAGAUACACCACCACCCGCUCCGCCAUGAAGUCGCACGGGUGGCUAACACCCCAAUUACUCGCUCGGCGAGUCGAGCAAGCCCUCGAAGCCCAAGCUCGCGCAUCCAAACCCCAGAGCUACAGCACCCAGACCUCCUUUACCUCUACCUCCAUCUUCCGACCUUCCGACCUCCCCAGGAGUCGACCGCGGUCCUCGUUCCCCCUUAGCCGGCCCUUCACACACACCGCGCGACGACAACACCAGCACCGCUCGCCAGCCGAAGACCCAGCCUUCACCUCGAUCCUCGACAACCCGCCGGAGCUCGUGCGCGCGGGCCGGCGGCACGGGCCGGGCCUGAUCGUGCUCGCCAUCAUCCCCGUGACGGCGUUCGUGCUGGGCACGUGGCAGGUGCAGCGGCUGGGGUGGAAGACGGACCUGAUCGCCAAGUUCGAGGACCGGAUCGUGCGGGACCCGCUGCCGCUGCCGCCCCGCGUCGACCCGGACGCCAUCCACGACUUCGACUUCCGCCGCGUCACCGCCACCGGCAAGUACCGCCACGACCGGGAGAUGCUCGUCGGCCCCCGCAUUCGCGACGGCGAGCAGGGCUACAUGGUCGUCACGCCGCUCGAGCGCGCGGGCGACGGCGGCGCCACCGUCCUCGUCAACCGCGGCUGGAUAUCCAAGAAGUUCCGCGACCAGCGGAGCAGGCCCGAGUCCCUGCCUACGGAAGAGGUCACCGUGGAGGGUCUACUACGGGAGCCGUGGAAGAAGAAUAUGUUUACGCCUGAUAACCGCCCUGAUAAGAAUGAGUUCUACUUCCCCGAUGUCAAGCAGAUGGCUGCUUUGACGGGGAGCCAGCCCGUUUGGAUCGAGCAGACGAUGGAGCCGGGGUUACUCGAGACUCUGGACAUGGAAUCGAAGGGUAUUCCCAUUGGUAGACCUGCUGAGGUUAACCUGAGGAAUAACCACGCCCAGUAUAUCUUUACCUGGUAUGGACUUGCCGUGGCGACGUCGAUAAUGUUCUACAUGGUGGUGAAAAAGCCUCCCACCGAUAUCACGCGCCGAGUGAGGUUGAAUAGGGAAUGGUCGUAAACCCUCCUUACGAACGGAUAUGGGUUACACCCAUUUUGGUUAACUCACGACUUAGGAGGGAACUCAAGUAACUUCCUCUUCUUCCUCGACAUCCCCUUGUCGGGCCUGUCGUUUCUGAGGGGCUUUCGUUAGUGCAGGGACCGACAUUCGCAUCUC